AUUGCGGACACUGCACCUUGAUGCCGACUGUAGGCGAGAGCAGGUGUUGUAAGGAGAUCGACCAGGUGAACGAGAAAAUGAAAGCGUAUAGUGAACGUUACGGGGCAGAGUCGUUGGCGUGUAUCGUCGAUCACCCGGGUUUCAAAUCGGUCUGCUUGAACGGCUGGGUUUUGGAAGCAGCGUACUAUGAUUAUACACAUCAUUACAGCAAGGAAGAAGAAGCCGGUGCUAAAGUGGAAUCAAAGAUGUCUCCCAAAUUGACGAUUCUCUUUUUUGCCGCGUUCCUGUUCGUGGCUCGUGCAGUCCCGGUCUCCGAAGACGACGACGAUGAUGUUAAUGACGUCAUAGAGGAAGCCGAACGAGCAGACGACAAUAAUGUCGACUUGAGUGAUUUGACCGAGGAGGACAUCCGUGAUAUCGUUCAGCAUGUCCAGGAAAAUCUCAGACGAGCAGUCGACGAAAUGAGCGUAGACGAGGUUGAGAUGGUCCAUGACGAAAAGAGUCUUGAGAAAAGAUUUUUGAAGAACUGGAAACUUGGAAGAGGCUGGUCCGCCGGAACUAGUGGAAUAUCGUGGAAGAACCGCAAAGGAAACAUGAACUUUAACAUCAAACCUACAUUCAACGGUUUUAAACCGAGCGGGUUUAGGGCGGGCUUCACGUGGAGAUUCUAAACCUAUUAACUCUUUAACAGCUUUACAAAAAUAAAUAAAUGUAUGAAAUUCAUAAUAUAAAUGUA